AUGCGCACCCACCCGGUGUUUUACGUUGGCUUGCUCAAGCCGUACCAGGACCCGGCUCGUGUGAGCGCCGAGUCACUGGUGCCGAAUCGGCAGAGAGCGGCUAGGCCGCGUGCGGCUGCGGGACAGCAAGUGGUGGAACCACGGGGAGUUGGUCAACAGCAUGUGGCGAAGCCACGGAUCGCGGAGCGAAAUGCUCGAGAUGCAGGAGCAAAUCAAGCUGAAGAUACAGCUGAGCAACUUAGAGCUCAAAGUCCGGGACCUGGUUGUGAAUCAACAAGAGGGAGUAUUAAUAUAUUACGGGGUGGAACAUUUCUUCGAGACCGACCGCUUCGUGAUGAACGUGGUCGUUUGCGUCAGAGACGCAUGCGUCGUGAGGACGCAGAUGCCGUUCCGGCGAGUGCUGAUUCGCAGCGCGGGAAUCCAGCUGAGGCACGGCCUCCUCCAGCUCUGCUCGACGAGCACGGUGAGCCCCACUAUCAUGUGGAACGCCUUGUGGCGCGGCGUCGUCGCCGGGGUCGUACCCAGUACUUAGUGAAGUGGAGAGGAUAUCCACAUUCACAGAACUCAUGGGAGUUCGAGGUGCCCCUCCGUGAGGACUACCCUGAGCCUAUGACCUGGCACACCCACUGCCAAUAA